UUAAGUUUUGUAUUUACUAAAGGAAGGAUGGCACCCAAUUGAACGACUGUUUUAUAGAAAAUACGACUCUGUUGUGAUUAAACAAAUAUAGAAAACGCUGAAAUUAAUCGAUACAGGUCGUAUAAAAAACUAUGUUACUUGGUGUAAUUUUAUGUUGUUGUUGCAUUCAAGGUUUUCUUUAGUUUUUGGAAAAAAGUUAAAAUAAACACCUCCAUAGUGAGCUAAUUUAAGAAAUACUCUAACUUCCACAGGAUCUUGCAAAGGUAAUGAAGGACGUGGGUGAUUUCCUGGAGGUGACGUACACGAAGGAUCACGAGGCUGCUCUCCUAGAUCACCUGAGCUUUGCUAGCAUGAAGAACAACAGCGCUGUUAACUUCGAGGCGGAUAUUAAAGAAAUGCAGCCGGUCGGCGACGUCCGGUUCAUGAGAGAAGGGCAAGUCGGCCUGUGGAAGAAGGUUUUGUCUCCAGAGUUCACCAAGUUGUUUAAAGAUUGGACUUCCAAGUACUUAAAUGAGGCAGAUCGCCAAAGCAUAUCUUGCUGAAUACCAAAGAAACUUGAUUCAAUGUAAAAGGAUUUGAAUGCACGAAAAUUUAAACAUUUAGUAAAUGUACGGCGAUGAACGUGUGUAGAGUUACAUAUUUAUGAUUAUUUAGUAAUAUUUAAUAUAUUAGUUAGAUGUUGUAUACAAAAUCAGUCUAUUUUUGACACUUAAAAGAACUAAACUUUGUAUACAGAGGUCAAAUAUACAUAGGUAUAUGAAUAUUUCCCAAAGCAUUUAUUAAAAUAAGUUAAACAAGCUUUGAAUAAGCUCCACAAAAGUGUUAACAGUUUUUGAUAUUUAAGUGAUGUUUUAAACCAAGAUGUAUAUGUGUAAUAAUUCAUAAAAUAGGUAUAAUAACUGGGUGAAUCAAAGUCAAAAUGCACUUAUGGAAUCGUUAAAAAGAAUUAGGCCUACAGAUUUAUUUAGUUUAUUUCUGUUUAUCAUUAUAAACAUGUUGGAUUUGUUGGUGCAAUGUUGGAUUAAAAUGCAUUUAUUAAAUAGUCAAUAUAGUA